AUGGCUGGAGCCCCCACCCAGCAGGAUCCAGUGACGUUUGAGGAAGUGGCGAUCUACUUUUCUGCAAAAGAGUGGGAAACGCUGACCGACUGGCAGAGGAGCCUCUACCGGGAUGUCAUGAAGGACAACUACGAAGCCCUGGUGUCUCUAGGUAGCUCUUUUUCACUGGAAAGGAAAGGAAAUAGCAAGAUAGUAAGAGAUAGCAAAGCCAAAAGUCUCGCCGCGCAGCCCCCCAGCGUCCUCCUGGAGAUCGGAGCCUGGGAGGAGCCCUGUGGCCAGCCGACCGUUAAAGAGGAGCCGGCCCUUGAUGGAGAUGACACGGGGCUGCCGUGCUGUCCACUGGCCCGGAAGGGGAGCCAGCACCAUCGGUCCCUCUGUGAGCAGCCCGGGUGGAUGGGAGGCUCCCUCGGGCCUGAUUCUGCAGUAAAUGGAGCAGCCGGUCUGUCUCCUGGGGACGUGGGGCUCAAGCGGGAGAACUGCAGCCUGGCAGGUGAGCAGGCUGUGCCGGUGGAAUUUCAGGCUGCACCUCGAGGGGCUGGGGAAAGCGGUUUCCGGCCCCUGAGUGUCACUGCCCCCCAGCCAGGCACCCAUGAGGAGAUGCUGCUGAUCUGCACCCAAUGCCAGAAAUGUUUUCCCAUCCAUUCUGCUCUCCGCAUCCCGACGGUGGUGCCCCGUGGAGCAUUGGGGCAGGUGUGCCCUGAAUGUGAGCGCGGCCACAUUAAGAGCCCGCCGACCCCUGCUGAACCCCCAAGCCGAGCCGGGGUGUUGCCCCCCUGCUCCUGUGCACACUGCUCCACGCUGAGUGUCCGCCCGAGGGGGGUCCUCAAGGAGGAGAGGCCCUACAAGUGCGGGAAGUGUGAGAAGACCUUCCGAUAUGCCCACGAGUACAGCUGGCACCAGAAAGUGCAUGCCGGAGAGAAGACCUACAAGUGCAGCACCUGUGCCAAAGUCUUCCGGCACCAGCAGGAGCUGAUGUGGCACCAGCGCACCCACACGGCCGAGUGGCCCCACAAAUGUGGCACCUGCGGGAAGAACUUCCGCUUCAAGCAAGAGCUGGCGUGGCACCUGAAGACCCACUCUGUGGAGCGCCCGUACAAAUGCCCCGAGUGCGAGAAGAGCUUCCGGUACAAGCAGGAGUUCAUGUGGCACCAGCGGGCCCACGUGGGCGACCGGCCGUACAAGUGUCCGGAGUGCGAGAAGAGCUUCCGCUUCAAGCAGGAGUUCACCUGGCACCAGAGGAGCCACGCUGGAGAGAAGACCUACCGGUGUCCCGGCUGCGAGAAGAGCUUCCGCUACAAGCAGGAGUUCGUCUGGCACCAACGGAUCCACACUGGGGAGCAGCCGUACCCCUGCGCCUCCUGCAGCUCCACCUUCACCUGCCGGCAGGAGUACAUGCGCCACCAGCGGCUGCACGACGGGGAGAAGCCCUACCAGUGUCCCCACUGUGAAAAGACUUUCCGUCGGGGCUCCACCCUCAUCCGGCACCGGCGCGUCCACAUGGGCGAAGGGCCCUUCAAAUGCCCCCACUGCCAGCGGGCCUUUGGCCAGAGCACCAACCUCCUCAAGCACCAGCGGACGCACGGCCUGAAGAGCCAGCCGCUGCAGGCCGCCUCAGACUGGCGUCCCUGCCUGCAGGACAGUGUGCCCAGCGUGCUCAGCCUGAAGACAGUUUCAGGGGGGGCCCUGCUCCUGCUAAACCUGCCAGACCCCAACUGCGGGAGGGAUCCGGGGGCUAAGCCCGAUGCGUGGGAGCCUCAGAUGUGA